UAAGAUGACUGCCGUGUCAGCACGUCCGUACGAAUUACAUGCUUGCGAUCGUGAGAGAUGAAGUCUCCACGUGUCGAUUAGGAGUCGACCUCGGGAGAACAAGGAGCUCUCCACAACGCACUAUCUGGUUGGCUUAUCACAAUACGUGUCAGAAGAUCAACAAACAAACAGACCACAGAAACAUACAAAAACAGAGUUUUUUUCAUUUAUUUUAUGUUCUUUUUUUCUCCGUUAUAAAAGGAAGAAGCUACCUUAUUGAAAAUACGAAGAGUCCACCACGAUCAAGUUGUGGAGACUUGAGAGGGAUUGAGUCUCUAAGCAUAGCCUCUAUCGUGUUGACACGUGUUUAGACCACCGCUGGUUAAAAUACAAAAACCCAAUCGCCCAUCGGAAACAUGAGUGGCGGCUAUACUUCCUCUCUAUUUCUCUUCUUCUAAAGAUUUCUUUUUCUUUUUCAAAAAGUCUCAAAAACUUUCAAAAGAGUUCUCAUCUCUGUAGGAUAUAAUCUACAUAAGAAGACAUCACUUACAAGAAUGGGUCUUUCGCAGUUUCCGACAGCGUCAGAAGGAGUGCUACCACUUCUUGUGAUGAACACGGUUGUUUCAGUCACUCUCUUGAAGAACAUGGUGAGGUCUGUUUUUCAGAUUGUGGUAUCCGAGAGCGAAGCCUCCAUGGAAUUAGAUGAAGAUGUGCCCGAAGAGGAUUUCUUGAGUAGAAGAAUCUCAAUAACACAGUUCAAGUCUCUGUGUGAGAACAGAGGAGAAGGAGAGGUAGAAGAAGAGGAAGAAGAAGGUGAAGAGAAAGUAGUAGAGUGUUGUGUGUGUCUUUGUGGGUUUGAAGAGGAAGAGGAAGUGAGUGAGUUGGUUUCUUGCAAGCAUUUCUUCCACAGAGCUUGUCUUGACAAAUGGUUUGGUAAUAACCACACCACAUGUCCUCUUUGCAGGUCUAUUCUCUAGUGGUGCGAGUCUUUGUUUUACUCUUUUUUAUGGUUUGGUUACAUUUUAUAGGAAAACAAAAUACAAAACUCUAUCCUCUGUUUUUCCCUUUUUGGUGUUUAUGUUUUUUCCCCUUUUUUUCUUGGUUUGAAAAAGGGGUUUUUUCAUAAUAAACAAGACUUUAAUUGUUGUAUGUGCCAUUUGUGUGUGUGUGUGUGUGUGUUGUGUGUUUUCCCCUUUUCUUGGUUUAUAAAAGGGGUUUCUUCAUUUGUCUAAUAUUAAUGAGAUAUAAUGUUCAAACUCU